GUCGUCCUCCCGGAGGAUCCGGGGUGAUGGAGGGCACUGAGGCCGGGGAGCCGGGGAGGGACCGCGGGGACCCCGGGAUGCUGGCCUGGCUCCCCGGCGUGGCGUGCGGUGUCCCCACCCGCGUGUUUGCGGGAGCAUCGCGGACGCCCCCUCCCGCCCUGCGCCGCUGCUCGGUGCAUAGCCCUCCGCACCCUCCGCACCCUCCGCACUGCCCCAUGACUUGGCUGUUUGGGACCCGGGUGCACGUCUCGGGUCCUGGGCACCCGAGGAGGCAGCAUACCUCUGUAGAUGGAUACACUGAGCCCCACCUCCAGCCCACUAAAUCGAGUAGCAGACAAAACAUCCCACGGUGCAGAAACUCUGUCACAUCAGCAACGGACGAGCAGCCUCACAUCGGAAAUUACCGUUUACAGAAAACCAUCGGGAAGGGGAAUUUUGCCAAAGUGAAAUUGGCAAGGCAUGUUCUAACUGGUAGAGAGGUGGCUGUGAAAAUAAUAGACAAAACUCAGUUAAAUCCUACCAGUCUACAAAAGUUGUUUCGAGAAGUACGAAUAAUGAAGAUAUUGAAUCAUCCAAAUAUAGUGAAACUGUUUGAAGUCAUUGAGACUGAGAAGACCCUCUACCUAGUCAUGGAGUAUGCCAGUGGGGGUGAAGUAUUUGAUUACUUAGUUGCCCAUGGAAGAAUGAAAGAAAAAGAGGCCCGUGCAAAAUUUAGGCAGAUUGUGUCUGCUGUACAGUAUUGCCAUCAGAAAUGCAUUGUUCACCGUGAUCUUAAGGCUGAAAACCUUCUCCUUGAUGCUGACAUGAAUAUUAAAAUUGCGGACUUUGGUUUUAGUAAUGAAUUUACAGUUGGGAACAAAUUGGACACAUUUUGUGGAAGCCCACCCUACGCAGCCCCCGAGCUUUUCCAAGGGAAGAAGUAUGACGGGCCCGAGGUGGACGUGUGGAGCCUGGGCGUUAUUCUCUAUACACUGGUCAGUGGCUCACUGCCUUUUGAUGGCCAGAAUCUGAAGGAACUUCGGGAGCGCGUCUUGCGAGGGAAGUACCGUAUUCCUUUCUACAUGUCCACUGACUGUGAAAAUCUCCUCAAGAAACUACUAGUGCUGAAUCCCAUUAAGAGAGGCAGUUUGGAACAAAUCAUGAAAGACCGGUGGAUGAACGUUGGUCAUGAAGAAGAAGAACUAAAGCCAUACACUGAGCCCGAACCAGAUUUCAAUGACACAAAAAGAAUAGAUAUCAUGGUCACCAUGGGUUUUGCCCGAGAUGAGAUCAAUGAUGCCUUAAUAAAUCAGAAAUAUGAUGAAGUUAUGGCUACUUAUAUUCUUCUAGGUCGAAAACCUCCUGAAUUUGAAGGCGGUGAAUCACUAUCCAGUGGGAACUUGUGUCAGAGGUCACGGCCCAGCAGUGACUUAAACAACAGCACCCUCCAGUCCCCUGCCCACCUGAAGGUCCAGCGGAGCAUCUCGGCCAAUCAGAAGCAGCGGCGCUUCAGUGACCACGCUGGCCCAUCCAUCCCCCCCGCCAUGUCCUAUACCAAAAGGCAGCAGGCUAACAGCGUGGAGAGCGAGCAGAAAGAGGAGUGGGACAAAGACAUGACUCGGAAGCUUGGUAGCACAACAGUCGGAUCAAAAAGCGAGAUGACUACAAGCCCUCUCGUGGGGCCAGAAAGGAAAAAGUCUUCAACUAUUCCGAGUAACAACAUGUACUCCGGAGGUAGUAUGGCAAGAAGGAACACAUACGUCUGUGAGAGGACGACAGACCGGUACACAGCACUGCAGAACGGCAAGGACAGCAGUCUCACGGAGAUGUCAGCGAGCAGCUUAUCUUCUGCCAGCUCUGCUGUGGCCUCUGCCAUCCCAUCCGCACGCCCCCGCCACCAGAAGUCCAUGUCCACUUCUGGUCACCCCAUUAAAGUGACACUGCCAACCAUCAAAGACAGUUCAGAAGCUUACCGGCCCGGCACGACGCAGAGGGUGCCCGCCGCCUCUCCGUCUGCCCACAGUAUUAGCGCCAGCACCCCGGACCGCACCCGCUUCCCGCGCGGCAGCUCCAGUCGCAGCACCUUCCACGGAGAGCAGCUCCGUGAGCGCCGCAGCACCGCAUACAACGGGCCCCCCGCCUCGCCCUCCCACGAGCCCGGUGCCUUCGUGCAUGCCCGCAGGGGCACCUCCACCGGCCUCAUCAGCAAGAUCACCUCCAAGUUCGUGCGCAGGGAUCCAAGUGAAAGCGAAGCCAGUGGCAGAACCGACACCUCCAGAAGCACAUCAGGGGAGCCAAAAGACAGAGACAAGGAAGAGGCUAAAGAUUCUAAGCCCCGCUCCCUGCGGUUCACGUGGAGCAUGAAGACCACUAGCUCAAUGGACCCCAACGACAUGAUGCGAGAAAUCCGCAAGGUAUUAGAUGCAAACAACUGUGACUAUGAACAGAAGGAAAGGUUCUUGCUUUUCUGCGUCCAUGGAGAUGCACGGCAGGACAGCCUGGUACAGUGGGAGAUGGAGGUCUGCAAGCUGCCUCGCCUGUCCCUCAACGGGGUCCGCUUCAAGCGAAUAUCUGGGACGUCCAUUGCCUUUAAGAACAUUGCAUCGAAAAUCGCAAAUGAGCUUAAACUGUAAAGACACUCACAUUUACAGGAUCAGGGAAGACACAUCCAUACCUGAGGUACAGUUUUUGAAUGUACUGGCAACACCUAAUGUGAUUGGCCUGUGAAUCUCCCCAUGUAGAAUUUGCCCUUUAAUGCAAUAAGGUUAUACAUAGUUACAAACUGUAAAAUUAAAGUCAGUAUGAACUAUAAUAUCUGUAGCUUAAACAGUAGGCUCACAUGUACAGGUAAGUAUACUGUGUAUUUUUUGUUCAUUUUUCUGUUCAUAGAGUUGUAUAAUAAAACAGAUGAUUGCUGAAAACCUUGUAUAGUUGUCUAGAUUACUGCACAUAAAUGUACGUUUAAUGCUUUUGAGUUGAAAAUGUCAUUCCCUGUUAUUUACAUUCCAGUGGAUUUUUAAAGUUCUUACCUCCAUCAUGCAAUUUGGAAAAUUGUGUCCAGACUUAAAAAGUGCAUAAAGAAAUAGUCUUUACAGGUGUAGCAUGGACUUUUAAAAAUUAUUUUUAAAUCAUAUUUAAAGCAGAAGCUGAUGAAUAGAUCAGCUUCACUGUACACAGAAUUAUUCCUGCUUAAUCUCUGUUCUUGUCCUUGUUAUCCAACAAGGUUUAGUUGAAAAGAUGCAACAUGUUUACAGUGUUGGCACGUAGAGGUUUUAAAAUGAAGUACAUGAACAUAAUCAUAGCUUUGCCUUGGGCUAGCUGAGAAGUUCUGGGGGGAAAGUUAAAGCCUGCAUCAUAUUUCUUUUGAACUCACAAGUGUUUUCUGGCCCACUGCUAAUGAUAUCAGCAAAAUUUAAAAGGAAUCAAUACUUCAUCUGGCUGUAAUAAUGUAAACUGUCACUUAGGUUUGCUGCCUUCUGAAUAUGCCAUAUAUCUGCAGAAAUAGGACAAUAUUGGGAUCAUUUCAUAGCACAAACACGUCUCCCGGGUUGAUCAAUGCAGCAGUUAGGAAAUAAUGCAACCUCAGGAAUUAACUGGCAUUGGAACAUUUGCCUCCUCCCCCUCCUCCCCUUCCUCCUCUUAUCCUCUUCGUGUAUCCCAACACAGUAAUACCUGUAAGUUCUUCGAGACUUCUGAACAAACCAUACUAUUUAUAACAGGAUACUGUUGAUUUCCACAUAGGUGACUGUUCAGUUUUCCACGUAACCUGAUUCUUUGCGACAUUUUGCUAGUCUUCUCGUAUUUAUUCCCCCAUCUGUUUACCUGUAAUGUGCAGCUUUACAGUUGGGCACUUGCCUACUUUUCUUUCAUAGUGAGACAUGCAGUGUCAAACCACUAGUCAAGGUACAUUUUAAUACUUGCUAUUUUAUACUGAAUUAGCCUUGGAGGUUGACUGUGCAUUGUUAUUUAAUGUUGUAACUACUGUAAUAUCAACAUGUGGACCCCAUCUGCACACUCUGAGAAAUAGAAAGUGUUUUCAAAUUUCAUCAGUUACAAAAAUAGUAAAACUGUGAUAAAUACUGUAAUUCUAACCUACAUUCGGAAGCUCUAAGUGUAGGUAACGCACCAUAUCUGAAUGGCUUCCAGACUAGGGUGAAUUUUACUUUCUGUACUGUACUGUGAUGUAGCUUUCUUCUGUAACAGUUCUCUUUGAAAUGAAGUGUAUUUCUUGCCUUAGCAAAGGGUGGUGUUCUGAAAAAAAAAAAAAAAAAACUGUGUAGCCCCUUUUUAACCUAGUGUUCAUUCAGAGAAAAAAAUGAUGCAAACUUUCUUCACUUUCACUGGUGCACACUGAAAUUUUACUUGAAAAGUUCUCAUAAUAAAGCACUUGUCUUUUGUUCUUUA